AUGUCCUCCCGCCGCGUCUCACGGCAGCGACAGUCCGCCGUCGGCGCGACGGACGUCCUCAUCAUGCUGCAACGCAUGAUUGAUGCAAAGGAGCGCGAAGUCGCCAUGCUUCGGGAUCUGCUGGCAGAAAUUAACCACCCGGCCCCCCCUGCGGCGUAUCAUCGCCCACCGCCGGCACUGCCACCGAUGGUGCAUUCGAGGGCGUCGACGUUUAUGCGGGCAGGGCCCCCCGCCAAAGUCGGGGUCGUCGACGAGCGCGUCAGCGAGGAGUACGCCGUCGGUGGCGAGCGUGAGGAGGAGUACGCCGUCGGUGGCGAGCUCGAGGGGGAGGAGUUUUCGCUCGUUGGAUAUGUGAGAGGUCCUAGUGGGAAGGGACUAGGGUUUGAGAUUUGA